UCUCCUACAGCAGAAGAUAUUAUUCCUGUCGAACACAUCAAGCUGGUCAUCGAAUACCAUGAAGCAUUGGUACAAGCUGAACCGUGUGCGGAGUGGACGCAAGCCAAACGUGCCCUCUCUGCCUGCAAAAGCGAGUUCCGGAACAUCCGCUAUGAGAGGCAGAAGAUAUAUGGUUGCUAUGCGAAUGUAGAACAGAGAUCAGCAAGCGAGCAUGGUGUGAUGAAUGUCAAACACCUGACGGUGAUGAAUAUGACGAAUUUGGGGAAUGCGAUGAGAAUACUUAUUGUACGGAGGUACGCAUAUUCGAAAGCACAGAUCCCUAUAGUAGCAAAUUUCUAACACUUGCAAAAAAGAAUUUUAAAAAGACUGUUAUCAAACCCCAGAGCACGUUUACAGCGAAUCUCCGCAGCUUCCAACUCAACUUCUGGAUUCAGAAUCCAAAAAAACGUACAGAGAAACAGCCGCCAGUACAUGGCCGUUACCAAGACAUACAAUCUCCGAAUAGGCGAAUUCAUCGAACUUAUGUCUGCCCUAUCGGGAUUACAAAAGGGAUGUUUG